AUGAGAUCUUCACCCUCAGGUGGUCUGAGCUCAUCUCAGCAGCCGUCCUAUACAUACUCGUCGGCUGACCUCUCGGGUGCUCCAUAUCUCGACUCAAUGACUCCAAGCGGUAGCGCCUCGGCUACAGAAUCUGCAAUCCUUAAGUAUGGUGCUACAGCUUCCCCAUCUGCUCAGCCUUGGGGCACUUUGACCGUUCUUCCCUCGGGAACUGUAACCGGAACGACGGCAAACUCGGACGCUACAAAUAUUGCAUUUUUCUUGAAAGGCUUCUAUAACAAUAUUGGCCAGCUCAAGACUGACCCUGGAACUUAUAAGAGCAAUCUCGAGGAUGUCGAGAAAGAGUCCGAGGAUUACCUGUCGAAGGUUAACUACGUCUCGAGCAAGUCUCCUUGCUCUGGGUCUCUUAGGAAGAGAUCCUUGUUCGGUGCUAUUGGAAGCCUCGCCUCUAGUGCAGCCAAUGUUGCCACAGGCGCCUUGGAUGAAGCUACAAGCAUUGUGGAGGAUGCACUUAGCUGCAUUGGGCCAGUCGCCGACAGCAUGAUCAAGACCAUUCCAGACGAUAUAUCUGAGGUCACAGAUGAUGUCGAGGGUACAGUCAAGAAAGGCGCUGAGUAUCUGAAUGAGAUCAGCGAUAUUAUCCUCGACCUCCUCAUCAACUUCUUCCUCCUCGUCUUGCACCUCAAGCACAACCUUCUCAGACUGCACUACGACGACUAUCUUGGUUCCAACAUACUCCACUGGGAGUGA